CGGGAGCGAAGGACUCCUCGCGCAGUAGGCUGCGCUGCCCAGCUCCGCUCCGCUUCUGUCCGGCGACUGCGCAGCAAGUGGACCAGCGGGAGACCGAUAACUGCACAACACCGGAGCGUCUCUCCAACAUCUUCCGAACCGUUGUCCGCGGCCCCGCGCGCGCUCCGAGAUGCGGGCAUCACUGCUAACGCUCGUCUGCGUCGUGGCUGCCGCUGUUGGCCAGGAGCCCGACUUCAGCCACGGCUGUGCUCAUGGGAGCUGUUACCCGGCAACGGGGGACCUGCUGGUGGGUCGGGAGAAGAACCUCAAGGCUUCGUCCACAUGCGGCAUGAGGAGAAAGGAGCCUUACUGCAUUGUUAGCCAUCUUCAGGAUGAGAAGAAGUGUUUUGAAUGUGACUCCAGGCGGCCUUAUGACCCAAUCUACAACACCAUUAAUCACAGGAUAGAGAACGUCAUCACUACCUUCAAACCUCAUCGCAAGAAGUCUUGGUGGCAGUCUGAGAAUGGAAAGUCAGACGUGUUCGUUCAGCUGGACCUGGAAGCAGAGUUUCAUUUCACUCACCUGAUCAUGACUUUCAAGACCUUCCGCCCGGCGGCCAUGCUGAUCGAGCGCUCUGCAGACUUCGGCCGCACGUGGCAGAUCUACCGCUACUUCUCCCACGACUGUGCCGCCACUUUUCCGGGGGUCUCCCAGGGUCCUUUGCGUAACAUCAAUGAUGUCAUCUGCGAGUCGCGCUAUUCUGACAUCGAACCGUCGACGGAGGGAGAGGUCAUUUACAGAGUGUUGGAUCCAGCCAUCAGCAUCGAGGAUCCAUACAGCCCCAACAUCCAGAACCAGCUGAAAAUCACCAACCUGAGAGUGAACUUCACCAAGCUUCACACGCUGGGAGACAAUCUGCUGGACCCCAGGGCUGAAAUCAAGGAGAAAUACUACUACGCCAUAUAUGAGCUGGUCGUUCGCGGAAACUGCUUUUGCUACGGCCACGCCUCGGAGUGCGCCCCCAUCGACGGCAUCAGGGACGGCAUAGAGGGAAUGGUUCACGGCAGGUGCGUGUGCAACCACAACACCAAGGGCUUGAACUGUGAGCAGUGCGACGACUUCCACAACGAUCUGCCCUGGAGGCCGGCCGAGGGGCGCAACACCCACGCCUGCAAGGAGUGCAACUGCAACAGCCACUCGAACCGGUGCCACUUCGACAUGGCGGUGUACGUGGCCACCGGCAGCGUCAGUGGAGGAGUGUGUGACGAGUGUCAGCACAACACUAUGGGACGCAACUGUGAGAGCUGCAAACCGUUCUACUACAAAGACCCCCUGAAGGACAUCAGGGACCCGCACGUCUGCAUCGCUUGCGACUGCGACCCGGACGGGUCUCAGAACGGAGGCGUGUGCGACAGCCACACCGAGCCGUCCCUCGGCAUGCUGGGAGGUCAGUGCCGGUGCAAGGCCAACGUCGAGGGGCCGCGCUGCGACAAGUGCAAGCCCGGCUUCUUCGGCCUGAGCGCCGACGACGCUCAGGGCUGCCAGCCUUGCCGGUGUGACCACAGAGGAACAGUGUCAGGGAGCUCCCAGUGUGACCCAGUCAGCGGAGACUGUUUCUGCAAGCGCCUCGUCACUGGCCGAGGCUGUGACCAGUGUUUGCCUGAGCACUGGGCGCUGAGCCACGACGUCAACGGCUGCCGAGGCUGCGAGUGCGACAUUGGAGGAGCCCUGGACAACCACUGCUCGAUGGAGAGUGGCCAGUGCCGCUGCCGCAGCCACAUGUCGGGGCGUCAGUGUGCUCAGGUGGAGUCGGGCUAUUACUUCAUGGCUCUGGAUCACUUCCUUUAUGAGGCCGAGUUUGCUAAAAUGGGACAGGGCUGUAGGGUGGAGACCAGGGAGCACCAGCCGGGUCGCCCCGCCACCUGGACCGGCGUUGGGUUCGCCUGGGUACCUGAAGGCGGCGCCCUGGAGUUCCUCAUCAGCGACUUUCCGUACUCCAUGGAGUACGACCUGCUCAUCCGCUACGAGUCACAGAUGCCCAGGGACUGGGAGGAGGUGCGAAUAACAGUGAUCCGUCCGGGGCCGAUUCCUACCAGCAGCCCCUGUGGGAACACCAUCCCAGAUGACGACAGGCUGACUGUUUCCCUGCCGGCUGGAUCCAGGUUCACUGUCCAUUAUCAGUCGGUGUGUCUGGAAAGAGGCAUAACUUACACCAUGCGCUUUGAGUUCAGACGGUAUCAGGACGCCAACAGCAUCCUCAACGGAGCAGCCAACGCCGUCCUGCUGCUGGACUCGAUCGCCCUCAUGCCGCGUCACUCCUCCAUGGAGAUGUUCAAUGCCGGGGAUCCAGCAUCCAACAACAGGAAGCAGACCUACGAGCGCUACCGCUGCCACGAGGGGGCGAAGAGCGUGAGCCGCCCCCUGAUGAGCGACACGUGUGCCAAGCUGGUCACCAGCAUGUCGGCCGUAAUAAACGACGGGGCCCUGCCUUGUAACUGCGACCCUCAGGGCUCCGUCAGCUCCGUGUGCGAGGUCCGCGGGGGCCAGUGUCGCUGCAGGAACAAUGUGAUCGGCCGGCGCUGUGACCAGUGUGCCCCAGGAACAUAUGGCUUCGGACCGUCAGGCUGCAUAUCCUGCGGGUGCAGCCUGGAGGGCUCCGUGACUCGCCUCUGCGAUAAGUUCACUGGGCAGUGCCAGUGCCGUCCAGGAGCGUUUGGUCAGCGCUGCGACGGGUGUCAGCCAGGUCACUGGGGCUUCCCGAGCUGCCGACCCUGCCAGUGCAACGGACAUGCAGACCAGUGUGACCAGAGGACGGGCGUCUGCAUCAGCUGCAGGGACUACACGGGAGGCGAUAAAUGUGAAAGGUGUGCCGAUGGGUACUACGGGAACCCGGUUCUGGGCAAAGCUUCCAGUGGUCACUGUCGUCCGUGUCCCUGUCCGGAUGGACCCAGUAGUGGUCGCCACUUUGCUGCUUCCUGUUACCAGGACAAUCGUAAUAGACAAAUAAUCUGCAACUGCAAACAGGGUUACACAGGGAUUGUUAAACGCUCCGGGGUGACCAUUUUUAAGCGUGCUCGAUGUGAGGAAUGUGCCCCGGGAUUUUAUGGCAACCCCUCUCAGCCUGGGGGCCGCUGCCAGCCGUGCCAGUGCAACAACAACAUAGACAUGUCGGAUAUGGAGGCGUGUGACAGAGCGACCGGGGAGUGCAGGAAAUGCCUGUACAACACGGAAGGCCCGAGCUGCGGCCUCUGCAGGAGUGGCUAUUUCGGAGAUGCUUCUCGGCGCAACUGCAGGAAGUGCACGUGUAACUUCCUGGGUACUGAACGCAGCCAGUGCAUGGAGCGCGAGGACUGUGUUUGCCAGCGCGUCACGGGUCAGUGCCAGUGUCUGCCUAACGUCAAAGGCCUGACAUGUGACCACUGUGCCCCCAACCACUGGAACCUGGCCAGCGGCAGAGGCUGUGAUCCUUGCGGGUGUGAUCCCAACAACUCUGUCACCUCCUCGUGCAAUGAGUUUACCGGUCAGUGUCAAUGUCGUGAUGGUUUUGGAGGCAAGACCUGCACUGACUGCCAGGAGAAUUACUGGGGAGACCCCAGGACGCAGUGCAGAGCAUGCGACUGCGACUGGCGCGGCAUUGAAACCUCUCAGUGCCACCGCGUGACGGGGCACUGUGUUUGCCAGCAGGGGGUCUCGGGCGUCCGCUGCGAUCAGUGUGCCAGAGGCUUCUCUGGCCAGUUCCCCAACUGUCAGCCCUGUCAUCAGUGCUUUGGGGACUGGGAUCGCAUUGUGCAGGACUUGGCUGUGCGUACCAAGGCUCUGGCAGCACGCGCCCAUGAGAUUCAAACCACGGGGCUCACUGGACCCUAUGAGAAGGUCUUCAGAGACCUGGAAGAGAAACUAUCACAAGCACAGGGAAUUGUCAACGCACGCAAUGCCACUGCUGCAGCUGUGUCUACCCUGAUGGAGCUUACUGAGGACCUUAGAGCACAGAUUGGUGAGACCACUGACAAACUGAACAGUCUGGAGGGAGAACUAACUAUGGUUCAGGACAGUAACUCUGAGGCGAGCAAGGAGCUGAGUGCUCUGGAGAGAGAGGCCAAGGAACUAAACCUCACAUCAGAGCAGCUACACCACCAACUGGACAUUCUCAAGAACUCCAACUUCCUUGGCGCGUACGACAGCAUUCGCAGCUCCUACAACAAGUCUCGUGACGCCGAGCGGCGUGCUAACGAGUCGACAACGACCAAGCCCAGCACCGUCAGCCAGUCUGCAGACACCCGCCGCCGCACAGAGCGCCUCAUUGCCGCCAAGAAGGACGAGUUCAACCGUAAAAAUGCAGCUAACAAGCGCGCACUGGGAGACCUCAGCACCAAAGCACAGGGCCUGGACAUGAAGAAGAUCAAUGAGAAGGUCUGCGGCGCCCCCGGUGAUGCUCCCUGUGGGGAAAGCCCUUGUGGUGGCGCAGGUUGCAGGGAUGAUGAGGGAAACCAUCACUGUGGAGGCCUGAACUGUAACGGUGCCGCAGCAGCAGCUGACAACGCCCUGGAGAGAGCGAAGCAUGCGGAGAAGGAGCUGCACAAAGCAAUGGGGGAGGUGGCAGGACUCUUCACAAAGGUAGCGGAAGCCAGGACCAAGGCCGAGGAGGCCAAGGGCAAAGCCCAGGCGGCCCUGGACAAAGCCACAGCCACCAAGAACAAAGUGGAGCGCUCUAACAAUGACCUCAGAGACCUCAUUAAACAGAUCAGGGGCUUCCUCACUCAGGAGGGAGCGGAUCCAGAUAGCAUUGAGGCAGUAGCAAACCGCGUGCUGGAGCUCGCCAUCCCUGCGUCACCUAUUCAAAUCAGACAACUGGCUGAUGAAAUCAAGGACCGGGUUCGCAGCCUUUCCAACGUGGACGCCAUCCUGGAGCAGACGCAGGAUGACGUGCGCAAGGCAGAGCAGCUGCUGCUGGACGCUAAGAGGGCAAGGCAUCGUGCUGAGGGGGUGAAGACUACUUCAGAGACAGUAAAGCAAGCCUUACUGGAUGCUAAGACUGCCCAGACAUCAGCAGAGAAGGCCAUAUCCAGAGCCAGAGCUGACAUUGUGGAGACCGAAGCCCAGCUGGAACAGAUUGAAGCAGAGAUGUCCAACACUGAGGGCAAUCUGAAUGACGCCAUGGACCGCCUGGGGACACUGGGACAGGAAAUCAAUGCCCUGAAGACCAAACGUGCCAAAAACAGCAUGGCAGCAGCUCGAGCGGAGGAGACGGCCACUAUGGCUCGAGACAAGGCGAACGAAGCCAAGCAGAUUCUAGAUGGCCAGCUGACUGAUAAAUACAACGAGGUGCAGCAGCGGGUCGACACCAAAGCCAAAGCUGUGCAGGACGCCAGGAAAAAAGCGGAGAGACUCAGAGAUGAAGCAAAGGCAUUACUGAAAGAUGCUCAGGACAAGUUGAAGAGACUAGCAGAGCUGGAGAAAAACUAUGAAGAGAACCAGAGGAGGUUGGAGGGAAAGGCUCGCCAACUGGACGGCUUGGAGGACAAGAUGAAAGCCAUCCUUAAUGACAUCAACAAACAGAUCCAGAUCUACAACACAUGCCAAUAACGCACUACUUCAUAUUAGAAGAAAACAGUGGUUGAUGGUUCAUCUGUUCAUCUGAAAGUUCCUGUUUAAAUCUGACAGAAUUUUAGAUUUUUGGUCAAAAAACUGAUCAGUUUACCCAUCACAGUGAUUCAUUUGUGAAUAAUAAAUACCAUGUCAAAAAACAUAGGUCACAGGUUGUACAAUCGGGAGUAAUUGUCCCUUUACUAAAGUAGCAGUAUUCUACAGUGUAUACUGUACCGUCUUUGAAUGUGCCUUAUAAUAUGCUAGUAACGGUUACACCUGUGUCAUAUGAAUGGCCGUGCGUGUCAAACCAAAAACUAACUUUGUUCACUCACUGUAUUUCAUCCAGACCCCCUACUGUGACAGCCACCAGACUGAUAACUAAUUGCCAAAGCAAAAAUACCCAAAGACGCUUGUGUGCAGUUUUACAGUGUACAGUUUUGUGAAUAAAGUUUUAAUGACUUUUUGUUUCUCUUUGUGGAAGUACCACGAUUAUCUGUGUCACAAUCAUGAGCAAAGCUUCCAAACUUGAUAUUGUCCCCUUUGUUUGACAUUGCGCUCGUGGCCUCACUAUAUAUGUGCUCACCCCAGGGUCUACCAGGGUGUAAGAUGUCCUAUUUCUAUUUUUGUGCUCUGCCACUGUGCAAUAAAGCCCUGGAUAUAUCCUUUCACUAUGUCUGCAGAGAUGCAGGAUUCACAGUUUGACAGAAAGAGACACUAAACUUCACAACCUAAAGGUUAAUGAGCUGCAGUACAAUAUCUCAGUAGGCAAUGACAGAAUGGUGAAGGGGAUUUUUUAUUUUUUAAGUUCCAACAGUAAAUCUGAGAUGGGUUUGAUGUAAACAAAAAGUAAUGAACAAAUUGCCCAUAGGUAUUAAUGGUUGCUUGUCUCUUGCUUGUGUAACACUGACCCCCUUUAUAAAGUGUCUUAAUCUGCUUUA